AUGCAGUCGAUCACUAAGAAAAUAACGAUUCAAGAAGUGAAUAGCUUAAACGAACCAUCAUUUACACAAUUUUUUGGUAAUAUAAUUGAACAUUGUCCAUCAGCAGCAAUUGCAAUAUUUAAAAAGAAACCAUUCGAUAACAUUAUUGACAUUUACGAUGGAAUUAUAAGUUUCUUGAGAAAUAUUAGUUUAAAAGAGAAGGUCGAGAUAUUGAAAAUGCAUCCCGAUUUAGCAGGUAAAUUUGAAAAUACGGUUAAUUUGACUAUAGAAUCACAAAAGGAACAGCAAUCGGCUGGACUACAUUUAAUUUCUCUUGACGAAACGGAGGAGUUAAGACAAUUGAAUAAUGGUUACAAAUUAAAAUUUGGUUUUCCAUUUGUUAUUUGCGCAAGGGAUAACACAAUCGUCUCAAUAGUAAGAGCAAUCAAGGAAAGGAUAAAUAAUGAAGAAGAAUAUGAAGUAGGAAUUAGUAUGAAAGAAGUGGAAAAGAUUGCAAUGAAAAGAAUUAAUGAUAUAAUUAAUUUGUAGGUGUUAGUAGAGAAGUAUUUGUUUUAUAGAAAAGUGUGUA